AGUCACGUGGUUGACGUGGUGGUGACAUUAGAAACGUUGAACGUUGUCACGCCGCGACGUCGCUACUGGUGAAAGUGCUGCAGGCAUGGACGUGAUUAUGAGGCUAUAGAUAUCAUAGGGGUUAUCGACAGCCAGUUCCAAGACGACUAUAAAGUCGAUAAAGUGUCGUUUUUCCAUUCUUUAUCAGUUGGUGCAGACAGCCGCACGUCGUGAACACAGUGGUCGUGAACAUGCUGCUCAACACGGCUUGUCGUCUUCUUCGGAGAUCCGUGAGAAAAGUGGCCACGCUGAGGAACAUCGGCCUGUCGUCUGCACAUAAUGCUGCUUCUACCGAAAAACGGGUGUUUGACUACCGAGACGCCCUGUGCCUGGAGGACCAGCUCACCAGCGAGGAACGUCUCAUCCGGGACACCUUCAGGGAUUACUGCCAGAGCAAACUCUUCCCCAGAGUGCUCAUGGCCAACCGAAACGAGACCUUCGACCGGGACAUCAUGUACGAGAUGGGCGAACUUGGCGUGCUGGGGUUGACGCUGCAGGGUUACGGCUGCGCCGGAAGUUCCUACGUCUCGUACGGGCUUAUUGCCCGUGAAGUUGAGAGGGUGGACAGUGGCUACCGGUCAGCCAUGAGCGUACAGUCUUCGCUGGUGAUGCUGCCCAUCUACCUGUUUGGCACUUCCGCCCAGAAGGACAAGUACUUGCCCAAGUUAGCCCGUGGCGAGCUGGUGGGCUGCUUCGGCCUGACCGAGCCCAACCACGGCAGCAACCCGGGGGGCAUGGAGACGCGUGCGGUGCACGAUUCGAAGGCCAAGACCUACACCCUCAACGGCAGCAAGACGUGGAUCACGAACUCGCCGAUAGCGGACGUGUUUGUGGUGUGGGCCAAGUGUGAUGACGGCCAGAUCCGGGCCUUCGUGCUGGAGAAGGGCACCAAGGGGCUGGAGGCACCCAAGAUCGAGGGCAAGUUCUCCCUGCGGGCCUCCACAACGGGCAUGAUCCUCAUGGAGGAUGUGGUGGUGCCCGAAGACGCCCUGCUGCCGAAGUCCCUGGGGCUCAAGUCGACGUUCCAGUGCCUGACGAGCGCCAGGUACGGCAUUUCCUGGGGUGCCCUGGGUGCGGCUGAGUUCUGCCUGGAGACUGCGCGACAGUACACGCUUGACCGGAUCCAGUUCAAGUCCCCGCUGGCCAAGAACCAGCUGGUCCAGAAGAAGUUGGCCGACAUGCUCACAGAGAUCUCCCUGGGUCUCCAGGGCUGCCUGCGGGUGGGCCGCCUCAUGGACGAGGGAAAGGUGUGCCCCGAGAUGGUGUCUCUGCUGAAGCGCAACUCGUGCGGCAAGUCUUUGGACAUUGCCCGCGCCGCCAGGGACAUGCUGGGAGGCAACGGUAUCAGCGACGAGUACCACGUCAUUCGCCACGUCAUGAACCUCGAGGCUGUCAACACCUACGAAGGAACGCACGAUGUACAUGCGCUGAUACUUGGGAGAGGCAUCACGGGUCUGCAGGCCUUUACAGCAGAUUGAGAGAUUUAGGUUCUAGAAGAAGGUUUUAAUCGCAAAUAAAUACUUGUUGAUUUUUUCACUCUUUA